AGGAGGCUGCCGCUUGGGCUAGCUGCCCCGCCGCCCCGCACCCGGCCCCCGCCGCCGCGCCGCACGCCAUGGACCUGCCCAGGGGCCUCCUGGUGGCCUGGGCGCUCAGCCUGUGGCCAGGGUUCACAGACACCUUCAACAUAGAUACCAGAAAACCUCGAAUCAUUGCCGGCUCCAGGGCUGCCUUCUUCGGCUACACGGUGCAGCAGCAUGACAUCGACGGCAAGAAGUGGCUGGUCGUGGGCGCUCCAUUGGAAACCAAUGGCCACCAGAAGACAGGAGACGUGUACAAGUGUCCAGUGACCCAUGGGAACUGCUCCAAGCUCAACCUGGGAAGGGUCACUCUAUCCAACGUGUCUGAGCGGAAGGACAACAUGCGCCUUGGCCUGAGCCUGGCCACCAACCCCAAGGACAACAGCUUCCUGGCCUGCAGCCCCCUCUGGUCUCAUGAGUGUGGGAGUUCCUACUACACCACAGGAAUGUGUUCGAGAGUCAACUCCAACUUCAGGUUCUCCAAGACGGUGGCCCCAGCUCUCCAAAGGUGCCAGACCUACAUGGACAUCGUCAUUGUCCUCGACGGUUCCAACAGCAUCUACCCCUGGGUGGAGGUUCAGCAUUUCCUCAUCAACAUCCUGAAGAAAUUCUACAUUGGCCCUGGGCAGAUCCAGGUUGGAGUUGUCCAAUACGGAGAAGACGUGGUGCAUGAAUUUCACCUCAAUGACUACAGGUCUGUACGAGAUGUGGUGGAAGCUGCUAGCCACAUUGAACAGAGAGGAGGAACGGAGACCCGGACGGCAUUUGGCAUCGAAUUUGCUCGCUCAGAGGCUUUCCAGAAAGGUGGAAGGAAAGGGGCUAAGAAGGUCAUGAUCGUCAUCACAGAUGGGGAGUCCCACGACAGCCCAGACCUGGAGAAGGUGAUCCAGCAAAGCGAGCGAGACAACGUGACCAGAUACGCUGUGGCCGUCCUAGGCUACUACAACCGCAGGGGGAUCAAUCCAGAAGCUUUUCUAAAUGAGAUCAAAUAUAUCGCCAGUGACCCCGAUGACAAGCACUUCUUCAACGUGACCGAUGAGGCAGCCCUGAAGGACAUUGUUGAUGCCCUGGGGGACAGGAUCUUCAGCUUGGAAGGCACCAACAAGAACGAAACAUCCUUCGGGCUGGAGAUGUCGCAGACCGGCUUUUCAUCUCACGUGGUGGAGGACGGGAUUCUGCUGGGAGCCGUUGGCGCCUAUGACUGGAACGGAGCCGUGCUGAAGGAGACCAGUGGCGGGAAGGUCAUUCCUCUCCGAGAGUCCUACCUGAAGGAGUUCCCCGAGGAACUCAAGAACCAUGGCGCAUACCUAGGGUACACAGUCACAUCGGUCGUGUCCUCCAGGCAGGGGUGGGUGUACGUGGCUGGAGCACCCCGGUUCAACCACACGGGCAAAGCCAUCCUUUUCACUAUGCACAACAACAGAAGUCUCACCAUCCACCAGGCGCUGCGGGGCGAGCAGAUAGGCUCUUACUACGGGAGUGAGAUCACCUCGGUGGACACCGACGGCGAUGGGAUGACCGAUGUCCUGCUGGUGGGCGCCCCCAUGUACUUCAGUGAAGGCCGAGAGCAAGGCCGAGUGUACGUCUACAACCUGAGACAGAACCGGUUUGUUUAUAACGGGACGCUGAAGGAUUCCUGCAACUACCAGAAUGCCCGAUUCGGCUCCUCCAUCGCCUCCGUUCGGGACCUCAAUCAGGACUCCUACAACGACGUGGUGGUGGGAGCCCCUCUGGAGGACAACCACAGAGGAGCCAUCUACAUCUUCCAUGGCUUCCAAGCCAGCCUCCUGAAGACCCCGAAGCAGAGAAUCGCUGCCUCUGACCUGACUCUGGGCCUCCAGUAUUUUGGCUGCAGCAUCCAUGGGCAGCUGGACCUCAACGAGGAUGGGCUCGUCGACCUGGCGGUGGGCUCCCUGGGCAACGCUGUCAUUUUGUGGUCCCGCCCGGUGGUUCAGAUCAAUGCCAGUCUCCACUUCGAGCCGUCCAAGAUCAACAUCUUCCACAGGGACUGCAAACGCAGUGGCAGGGACGCCACCUGCCUGGCCGCCUUCCUCUGCUUCACGCCUGUCUUCCUGGCACCCCAUUUCGAAACAGACGCAGUCGGCAUCAGGUACAAUGCUACCAUGGAUGAGAGACGAUACGCCCCACGGGCCCACCUUGACGAGGGCGGGGACCGGUACACCAACAGAGCUCUCCUGCUCUACUCGGGCCAGGAACACUGUGAGCGGAUCAACUUCCAUGUCCUGGACACCGCUGACUACGUGAAACCAGUGACCUUCUGGGUAGAGUACUCCCUGGAGGAUCCCGACCACGGCCCCGUGCUGGACGACGGCUGGCCCUCCACCCUCCGAGUCUCGGUGCCCUUCUGGAACGGCUGCAAUGAGGACGAGCACUGUGUCCCUGACCUCCUGCUGGAUGCCCGCAGUGACCUGCCCACGGCCAUGGAGUACUGCCAGAGGGUCCUGGGCAAGACCACGCAAGACUGCUCCUCCUACACGCUGUCCUUCGACACCACAGUCUUCAUCAUCGAGAGCACACGCCGGCGGGUUGCUGUGGAGGCAGUGCUGGAGAACAGAGGCGAGAAUGCCUACAGCACAGUCCUAAAUAUUUCGCAGUCAACAAAUCUGCAGUUUGCCAGCUUGAUCCAGAAGGACGACUCAGAUGGCAGCAUCGAGUGCGUGAACGAGGAGAGGAGACUGCACAAGAAAGUCUGCAAUGUCAGCUACCCCUUCUUCAGGGCCAAGGCCAAGGUGGCUUUCCGGCUGGAUUUUGAGUUCAGCAAAUCCAUCUUCCUGCACCACCUGGAGAUCCGGCUCACCGCUGGCAGUGACAGCGACGAGGAGGAGAGCACCAGGGAAGACAACACGGCCCUCCUGCGCUUCCACCUCAAAUACGAGGCUGAUGUCCUCUUCACCAGGGACAGCAGCCUGAGCCACUAUGAGGUCAAGCCCAACAGCUCACUGGAGAGGUACGAUGGCCUUGGGCCUCCCUUCAGCUGUGUCUUCAAGAUCCAAAACUUGGGCUUGUUCCCCAUCCACGGAGUAAUGAUGAAGAUCACAGUCCCCAUUGCCACCAGAGGGGGCAACCGCCUGCUGAUGCUGAAGGACUUCCGUACUGACCAGGUGAACACGUCCUGUAACAUCUGGGGAAACAGCACCGAGUACCGACAUGCCCCGACGGAGGAAGACCUGACCCGAGCCCCACAGCUGAAUCACAGCAACUCUGACGUAGUUUCCAUCAACUGCAACGUGAGGCUGGCCCCCAACCAGGAGGUCAAUUUCCAUCUGCUGGGGAACCUGUGGUUGAGGUCCCUAAAAGCACUCAAGUACAAGCUGAUGAAGAUCACAGUCAAUGCAGCCUUGCAGAGGCAGUUCCACAGCCCUUUCAUCUUCCGCGAGGAGGAUCCCAGCCGCCAGAUCACAUUUGAGAUCUCCAAGCAAGAAGAUUCGCAGAUCCCCAUUUGGAUCAUUGUGGGCAGCACCCUGGGGGGCCUCCUGCUGCUGGCCCUGCUGGUCCUGGCACUAUGGAAGCUCGGCUUCUUUAAAAGUGCCAAGCGCAGGAGGGAGCCUGGCCUGGACCCCAACCCCAAAGCGCUGGAGUGAGUCUCAGAGGAGGCUGCGAGUCAAUGGGGGCCAGGAUGCCGGUCCAGGCAGUGUGCAGGCCCAGGCCCAGGGCCCACUGAGCUGGGGUGGAGAAGAUGCCAGCUCGCUUUGCACUUGACCUCAUCUCCUGAGAGACCAAGCCUAUACCCUCUGAAAGGAACUCAAGCCAGUUUUAGGAGGGACUGCUCUACUGGGAGGCCUAGGCACCUCCAACACAGAGCCCUGGUGAUUUAGAGGGACCCAUCACAUGGCCCACCAAAUCCUCCGCCGGGCUCUGUGGGGGCAUUUGUGCCCCUGCCACUAAGGUGCUAGGAAUUCCUACUGGCCUGUCCCAUCCUCAGAAGAAACUGGGAGAGGAAGACUGCCAUGCAAACCUACUCUGCACACUCCAGGCCUCCAGUCCCAGUAGGAACCCAGGUGGUGGGGGGGACCGGCGCAGCAGAUCUGCAUUCUGUGCUGCCCUCCCACCCCUGCCCCCGCACUGCCCAAGGCUCCAGGUCCUGCUCUCAUCUUCUGCGGACAGGAGUUAGGUCCCUGGAGCCGCCCCUGAAUGAACCGGGUCCCCCUGGGCUCGAUGGUGACAGCUGCAGGCCAGGAAUGAAGAAGGACCCUGGGUCGCGGAGACUGUGUCGGACGGGCAGCUGGAACACACAACAUGGGGCACCCACCCCGAGAUGGGGAGGCAAAUGGGCCCUCCACACCCCCACAGCCCCUGCCCAGCCAGCUGCUUUUGUUCCUCGUACCCAGCCGGAGCCCGAGCACCACACACUCCCUGAGUCCCACGACCGCACUUGGGUCUUCCAGCCUGCCUGGCUUAAUGGGCAGCCCGGCAGCCGGGGCAGCGGUGCGGAGCCUCCCCUCCCUGUGUCACCCAUCUCCCUGCGUGCGCGUGUACACACAUACACACACACACACAAACAGAGCCUCCCAUCCCUCCCUCCUGCCCACCGUGCAAGAGAGAAGGGCCGGCACUGCUGAGGGGUCUCUCUGGAAUGCACUAGUUAAAGCUGGUGUAGGGACACCCGAGUCUGUGCAGCCUCAGUGGCAAAUGUCUGAUCCGCUGGCCCAUGGGACAAGUGGUACCACCAAUGAUGGCGCCGUGAGGACAACAGGCACGCCUGGUGCCCAGCGAGUAAUUUAUGCCUUAAUCUUGUUUUGAGGUAGAAAUGAAAGGGGGAUGCAUCAAAGGCAUCUGCCCCCUGGUCACAUAGUACGACCUUUACUGUCGUAAAUAUUUUUUAAAAUUAAAAAAAAAAAAAUACAGUGACUGAAAACAA